AUGUCUUCAAGACAUGACGAGGCGAUGGCCGCUUUUCUCCGCAACGGUGGUUCAAUCGCAGACGAUGUGUUCAACAACAGUCCCGAUGGCCUUAAUCUCAGCUCCCUCAAAAUCGGCAUCAAAAAUGACGACUCCAUCGACGACGCUGACGCCGACGAAGCGCAAGACGACCACGAAAGCAAUUCCCCCUGCAACGACAUCGAUUCCAAUGAUCCUGAGCUCGUGGGCGAGUGGUACCCAAGUUACAGCCCUGCAUAUGCGACCUACUCCGGAGGCCCAACCACCCCCGCCAACCCAACGACAGUAUAUCCACAACCCAAUGUCCGUCUGAAGAAGACGAAGUGGAAGUGCCGCGCAACCCAGACGGAGAUCCGCUGGGAUCGUGUCGAGGAUGGCGAGCCGCUUUCCAUCUCCAUCACUUUCCAGAAUUACAAAACGAUCGGCGAGAGCAUGUGGAAGCAUCGGAUCGGUCGGAUAGCCGUGGUCGAUACCGCAGGCGAGACUGUCGUGGACGCAUACCUCGCCUAUGAGGACGAAGACGAGGUUAUCAAGUACUGCUCAUUCAAGCAAGCUAGCGUCGAGCCACCGGAUUUUCUGUUCAAAAACGGCGCAGUCGAAGCCAGGCAGUUCGAAGGCGAAUUGAAGGAGCUGCUAAAAGAUCGCACCGUAUUCGUGCACGAUUCUGUCAGCUAUUGGUUUUACUACGGAGAGUCCGAGGAUGCGCUUUUGCCUUCCAAUGGGGUUACGGUCUACGACACCCGGACAUCGAGUAUACUCCAGAACUUGAUAGCCCACCCGGACUCGCUCGUCGGUCAGCCGGGCUUGGCCUACGCGGGUGAGGUGGUCUUGGGCAAAAACAUCCAACAGGGUGGCAUCCACACUCCGGUCGAGGAUGCGAAGACGACGAUGGAGCUGUACCUCCUUAAGCAUCCGUACGAUCGCGUGGCCGAGGCUGCGAAGCUCGGACCGAAGAAGUCUCACACUCAGCCUGCUCGCUGCGGUGGCCGCUUUGUCCAAAAGUCGAUCGCACAACAGGAGCCCACCCUUGGGGACUUUAUCAAGGUGAAGAUGACUCAAGGCAAGGCGAAGCGCGCUAAGGCUUCUGCUACCGCUCUCGGCAAGUGA